AAGUGACGUGGAUGCCUACCAAAGUUAUUGCCAGAGAAAGCACUGUUGAUAGUAAUGUAGAUACUGAUAAUGCUCUUGGUGAAGAAGCUAAAUCAUUCAUUGCAAAUAAUAAUAUGAUCAAGC